CCACUUAUUAACUUAAGCUUGAUUCUCCGGCCUCUCUUUACCAUAGAACAAUUUCCCCCCCAAACUCGCCCACCAUUCGGAAACACAAUUAUCCUAGCCAUUUCAGGAAAAUGGCUCGACCUAAUGGAUGUAGGAACGAUGAUGAUGUGGAGAAUAACACCUCCCCCCCUCUGCGAAUCAUCGUACCGAAAUCUCCAUUGAGCAUCCACCGACCCAGCACCUCGCGCUUCCGUCUCCGCCGGGCGGGAACGGUCCUCGCGUCGGCGAAAUACCAGGACGAAGCUCCCGGGCAGGAGCCGGGCCUCGGUCCCGACGAGGUAUUGGAUGCGAGAGUUAACCUUCAUACGACCUGUGGGAUCACCGUUGUGGACUUUUCAGAGAGUGACAUAUUGCAGACGGAGCUGGGAAACGUGCAGCUUAUUGAGUUUUUGAAGGAACCGAGGAAGGAGUGGGUUGAUGUGCGGUGGAUCAAUUGUAAUGGACUUUCGUGGGAUGUUAUUCAAGCUUUGGCAAAGUAUAGAAAUUUGCAUCGGCUCGCGAUCGAGGAUUUGAUGAACACUAGGACGAGAACUAAAUGUGAUUGGUAUUCGGACCAGGCUUUUCUUGUUUUGCCGUUGGUUAAAUUGAUCCAUUCAGAAGAUGGCAAUAAUUCUUAUCCCUUUACCCCCUCUGCUGAGGACUGCGGAAAUGCUCCGACUGUAAAUCCAGACGGAAGCACGAUUGGGAAAAUCACGACACUACAGGAGUACUACGGUGGACCGAACAAAGAGAGAAUAGAGUACAUGGAGAAAUACUCCAGUCUAUCAUCAAAGGGGCUUCGCGUCUCGGUAGAGCAGGUAUCAAUGUUCUUAACAGAAGAUGGGACGAUCAUCAGCUUCUUUGAGAACUCGGCGGAUGAUAUCGAACCACCAAUCCUCCAAAGACUCGAAUCUCGAAACACUAUUCUCCGCUCUGCGUGCGAUGGAUCAAUGAUACUACAGGCAAUUGUUGACGCUAUAAUCGAUCUCGCCUUCCCCGUGAUCCAAGCCUACCAGGACACCAUAGCAGAAUUGGAACUGAACGUCUUGACUGACCCAUCUGUGGAGCAAUCCCGGGAACUGGACCACGGAAAAGGCUACUCUGCCACAAAAAGCCUAAAGGGUGUCGAAGUUAGUGAGCUUACAAAAACCUACCUUGGCGAUGUAGAUGACCACCUACUUCUUCUCAUAGAUAACCUCGAAACCAUGAAACGUGCAGCAGACAACAUGAUUGAUCUAAUAUUCAACACUAUCGGCAUGACGCAAAACGAGUCGAUGAAGACCCUAACUCUCGUCACAAUCGUCUUCCUACCUAUGUCCUUCCUGACAGGAUACUUUGGAAUGAAUUUCGAGGACUUCCCGGGAAUCCGGAAUUCUGACAGGUUCUUUUGGAAGAUUGCCGGUCCGGUGCUUGGGGUCACGAUUUUGUUUCUACUAAAUGGCAUUGUCGGGAAGAGCGUCAGGCAGAAGUGGAGGAAGAGGGGGAUUAGGGUUGCGAGGGAGAGGAGGGUUAAACUUAUGGGGGGCGGUGGUGGUAGGGGGGGGCAGGGUUAG